UUUUUUUCAACCCAAAUUAUUCCAUUCAAUAACCAAAUCAUUUACCACCAAAUUUCCAGUAGAAAAAGUAGGGAGUACUAAGAAGACUAAAAUUUACUAGAAAAAAUCAGCAGCCCACAUGACAUUGCUUAGCUGUGAGAUACAAGGGGGAAUGUCUCUGUCUUCCUAUUUUACUUCAAUUUUUAUUGUUUUUCCUAUUACUUCUCCAAAGGCAAACACUUAUAGAACCGGCCAGCCCCCACUUUAUACUUUUCUUUAUUCUUUUGGAGUUGAAAAAAUAGUGCAGAAAAUAAUAUCAUGAGUAUGUUUUCAUGCUUUUAGGCUGGAAAAGAUUGAUUCUUGGUGCCACUAAUACCAUAUCUCAAUAUUCAUCCAUUUUGAUAUCUGACUAGCAAGUAAAAAGAUUGAUUCUUGGUGAACAAGUAUACACAAAAGUUACCAAAGAUUGAUUCUUGGUGAAGAAGUUGUUUUCAUUUGAGUUGAGGUUUUGUAGAAAAAUGGGUUCAUCUGAUAAAUUGUUUAACAGGCAGAGAAGUCUUCAUCAGAUCCUUGGAGAAGGUUUUGUUGCUGAUGUUGUUCUAUGGAGGCGAAAAGAUGUGACAGUGGGAAUUCUUGUAGUAACAUUGUUUGCUUGGGUGGUGUUUGAGAGAUCUGGUUAUACACUUCUAUCAUUAGUCUCAAGUGUUUUCUUUCUGCUGUUCACAAUUUUGUUUCUAUGGUCUAAAUCAGCUGCAAUUCUUAACAGACCAGCUCCACCUCUGCCGCAUUUGUAUCUCUCUGAAGAAAUGGUAAAUGAAGCAGCUUGUUUCAUCCGCAAUCACAUCAACAUGUUACUGACAGUUUCUGAGGAUAUUGCCCUUGGUAAGGACACAAAUAUGUUUGUUAAGGUCUCCGCGGGGCUGAUUCUGGUAUCUGUCCUUGGAGGCUUGACCGAUUUCCUCACAUUGGGCUACAUUAGCCUUGUGAUUGCUCUUACAGUUCCUGCACUCUAUGAGAAGUAUGAAGACCAAGUUGAUGCAUAUCUGUUAAUGGCAUACAGGAAAUUGUGGCAGUUGUAUCAUAAAUUUGAUGCCGUGUGUGUUAACAAGGUUCCAAGAUUAAGUUUGGAAAAGAAGAAAUUAAGCUAAACCAUUCUCUUUUUUGUGUCAAGUUUUUUCACCUUUUUUUUUUCCAAAAAAAAGGGAUUGGGGGUAAGGUUGUUUUGGGGUUUGUGGUUUCAAUAACCUUUGUCAUAUAUCUUGUUUUCUUUCCCUUUUUGCUCUUUCUCGACGGAAGUGAAUGGCUAGCAAGUGUUCUUGUGAAGAUGCCCAUGCUUCACAAGAUAUGAGAGAUUGUAAUUUGCACAUAUAUUGUGUACAUCAAUGUAUUGAAUUGGAACCGCGACAAAAGAAGUUCUUCUUGUGAAGAUGCCCGUGCUUCUUGUUUCCUCUUAAAUGGAUACGAAGACUAAUUUGGGAUUGAA